GUCUCCGCGCUGCUUUUAGUUAUUAUAUUAAGGCCUCAGUUUUUAUGUCCCCGAGUGUAUUCUCAUCUGUCAAUCAAAGAGAGUUCUUUCGCUUCACGGCAGAAAAACAAAAAACAUUGCCUAUAAUUGGUGUGGAGAAUUUUGAAUGUCGAAGAAACCAAGCGUACCAUCUUCAUUCAGUUUUAGCUCCGAAUUCCCCACCGUUCGCUUGUGACUUUUCCCCAACUCUUACCGAUCUCAUUUUAAUCGCUCAGGAGGAUGGCUUAGUUCACCUGUAUGAUACUUCUGUUACUGGUACUCAAGCCUUUCUCAAACAUUAUGAAGCACAUAAUAACGCAGUAUUCGACGUUAAGUGGCUUUCGUCUGGAUCAAGCUUUCUGACAGCCUCCGGGGAUCAGUCUAUUAGAUUGAUCGAUGCUGAAACAGGUGUCGUAAUACAACAAUUCUUUGGACAUACUAUGUCAGUACGCAGUCUUUCAUUUAUGCCCAGUGACUGUCAUAUCUUUGCAUCUACUUCACGCGAUGGUAGUAUACGUAUGUGGGAUACUCGGGUUAAACCGGACGCACUAAAUUUUCGAGGCUCACCAGGAAUAUCAAGUGUUGGAGUUUUACCACAAUGUCAUGUACCGUUUUUGCCUAAUUCUUCUAAUACAGACGGGAGAAGAACACGUACUCCAAAGCGUUCAGCGACUGAUGCACAAAGUGUCACUUCGGUCUUGUUUGUGGAUGAUAAUACCUUUUUGUCUGCAGGAUCAUCGGAUGGGUCUAUCAAGAUGUGGGAUUUAAGACGAGUGUUUUGUGUUGGAAGUAAAAAGCAAGCAAAACCAAAAUUUAUUUUACCUUAUUCAGGUACUUCACAAAAACAAAGUGGCUAUUCGGAUUUGGUAGUCAAUUCGUAUAGAACACGUCUAUUCGCCAAUUGCCUAGAUAAUGUUGUAUAUGAAUAUGAUCUGACACAGUUAACUACACAACCAGUUUUCGUUUAUACUGGUCAUGUGACAGAUUCAUUCUACGUGAAAUUAGAUAUCAGUCCAGAUGAUUCCUACAUAAUUUGUGGUAGUUCAGAUCGUCGAGCGCAUAUUUAUGCUGUUGGUAAAUGUCGACAACAACCAAUAGUUCUUUCCGGUCAUACAGGUGAAGUUAGUGUUCCACGUUGGUGUAAAGGCGAUCCUACUAGGAUUGUUACUUUGUCAGAUGAAUCUCAAGCAUUUGUUUGGAAUAUGUUCCCCGCUCGACGUUAUACUUUACCGGAUUCGGGGGAAUUAGCAGGUCUCGCUGAACUUAUUUCACCUUCAAAAUCACUUAUGAACACAAGUCAACUAGAGAAAUGUAUUUUAUCUUCAACUAUAUCACAGUCGAAUAAUGUAAAUAAUAAAUUAGGUAGCCUUUCUUUACCCGAUUUCAAUUGUCGAUCACCCAUGACUUCAGCUCGUCGACGACAAUCAAAUAUCCGACAUUUCCUUGAAACUGUCUCUCCAGUUAACUCAUCUAGUUCUACAUCAACUACUAACAAAUCUUUGGUCGCUUUAUCUUCAUUGUCAAACAUUAUGAGUACAAAUGGUGUAGUUUUAAAUUCAAAUCUACAAACAAAACGGUUGCCAAGUUUAGCAACGCUUACCGAAACUUUAGGUGGGGUUGUACAACGAUUUCCAGGCUUAUCAACAGGACUCCAAAAUAUCCAUUCUGCACCGAGUACACCUCCUCUAGGUUGUUAUUCUUUGAACUCUGUCAAUCGUAGUCCAUUUAUUAAUACUCCAACAAAAAUUGAAUCCCCUAUAACACCAGAACAGUUGCUUAUUCAUCCAUUCUAUAUGGAAGAUUCUGAAAAUAUUAAUCCAGACGAUUUGUUACACUCAGUGUCAUCUCGAGGUCUUCCUUUGGAUUGUGUUGAUGGACGAGUGUUAAGUCAGUCUCCAAUUAUCCGUUGUUCUGUAGACAGACCUGCGUAUAAUCCGAAUUCUCCGACUACACCAUCAAAAAGAUUCCCAUUAUCCUUAAAUCAAUCAAUUUUUAAUACUCCAGUGUCACAACCGUCAGUUGAUGAAUUAUCUAUAAUGGAAUCAAGAAAACGUAGAAUAUCAGAUAUAUUUGAUGUUUCUCCUGGUUCAAGUCCAACUCUUGUCAAUUCUGGUAGAAUUGAUUUGCCUAAUAGUGUUAAUCGUGUCAGAGAAAAAAGACGUCGGUUAACUGCAUUUCCGUCAACUUCACAAUCGGUUGCUUCUCCCAACAGUUCUCCUAUCGUUCCAGUGACUAAUUCUCGGCGUCGACGAAUGACAACAAUGUGUUCUUCCGCACAUAAUCCGAUCACAAAGUAUUUCAAGAAAAAUGACUGACGUUUUCAACAGAUGCUACCUUUUUGUAAUAUAAUUUUAACUUGUAGAUAUUCUUUUCUUGUAUGAUCCCUUACAUUUUUUUAUGGAAGCCAGUUUUUAAAUUUUUCUAUCCUUAUGUAUUUUCUUUUUCUUAUAACAAAAUAAACUCUGACUUAUGCACGUUUACGUGUACAUUUCACUAUACAGUGAUAUUUUUAUAUGUGUAGAACUUUGCAACUGUGUUUCUUCAUUUUUUAAAUAACGUUUUAUACCUCAACACGUACAGAUCUAAUUUUAGGAUUUUAUACAGUACUGUUUUGUAAAACUUAACCUUUCUGCUUUAUAUUAAACUGUAUUCAAUUGAGAAAAUAACUUGACCUCAUAUUCCUUUCAUUAAACCUGAUAUAUUGAGACUUUGUAUUUUUAUAAAAUGUGCCAUUGUCUAUCUGUUUUCUCUGUCAAUUGGUGUAUACUAGUUUUAUCUUGCAGUUGUUUUCAACGGAAGUCUUUACUGUUUUUAAAGUGCAUCGUUAUUGGGGUUGCAAGAGUCAUAAUAAUCGCUCAACCGCAAUACGAUUAAUGUUUUCCAAUCAUAACUUUCUCGUGGUAUAACUACUGAUUGCAUGCUGCCUCCCCCUUGCACCACUAUAGUUUCAUGAUUGUUCCAAUUAUUUUACAAAAUAAAGUCCGUUCAAAGAUUG